AUGCUUACUGCUGCGAAGAUUUGUGCCUCCUUGGACAUCUUCAGUAAGCUUGCAAGUGAAAGCGGCCCAAAGAGCGCCACGGAGUUGGCAGAGGCCUCGGGCGCAGAGCCGAAACUUCUAGAACGGUUUUUGAGGCACCUCGUCAAUAGGAAUAUCGUCGAGGAAGCUGGCCCUGGCUUGUUCGAAGCAAAUGCCGUCACUAAACUUUACGCAUCUGCGCAUGGUGCCGCUAUUGUUAUGCACAUGUACGAGUCUAAUAGCAGAUUAUUGGCUCAUGCGGAUGAGGCUUUGCGCAAGACUGGGUAUCGAAUGCCGUUAGAAGAAAGUGAGAGUUUGUUUCGUCUUGCUACUGGGAUUGAUACGGACUAUUUCACAUGGCUCAACCGGCCGGGGAACGAGUCUCGUUUGGAUCGAUUUCAAAAGACUAUGGAAUUUACAGCAUAUGGAGCGAAAUGGUUUCAAACCAUCCCUUUGGAUGAGAUUCUCGGCGGUAAGCAUGAUGUUUCAACAGAUGCCCCAUUGAUCGUGGACGUUGGUGGGGGUUUCGGCCAAGAAAUGGUUGCGUUUCACCAAGCACAGUCAGAUCGAAGUGGCCGGUUGAUUUUUCAAGACCUUGAAGCCACGAUCCAUCGGGUGGACGCAGCGGGAAUUUCGCCUGUGGAGGCGCAAGUUCACGACUUCUUCACGCCUCAGCCCGUCCAAGGGGCUAAAGCGUACUUUCUGAAGAGGAUAUUGCAUGACUGGGACAAGGAGAAGUGCAUCUCUAUCUUGAGGAACUUGAAGGGGGCUAUGAAACCUCUCUAUAGUAAGAUUUUAGUAUUGGAUCUGGUCGUCGCUGAUAUGAGUGCUGAUUGGUACUCCACGGGUUCCGAUAUUAUGAUGAUGCUGGCCCUUUCCGCUACGGAGAGGAGGGAGAAGGAGUGGAGGGAAAUGAUUGCCGAGGCUGGGCUUCAGGUAUCCAAGAUUUGGGAUACCGAAGACGCUGAUGGAAAGUUGAUUGAGAUUGUCCUUGCCUAG